AUGUCGGCGCCGCCGGCGCUGCAGAUCCGCGAGGCGAACGCACACCUGGCGGCUGUGCAUCGGCGCGUCGCGGAGUUGGAGGCGCGGCUGGACGCCGCGGAGCGCACAGUGCGCGCCCAGGCCGAGCGCCUGGCCCGCCACGACCAGCAGCUGCGCGCUGCCCUGGAAGAGCUGGGCCGCGCCAAGGACUGUGAGAUUGCGGCUCUCCAGGAGCAGCUGCUGACCUCCGAAGCCACUGUCCACAGCCUGCAGGCUGCUGUACGCCAGAGGGAUGAGCUCAUUGGGCAGCUGCAGCCCCGGGCGGAGCUGCUGCAGGACAUCUGCCGUCGCCGGCCACCCCUGGCCGGGCUGCUGGCCGCCCUGGCGGAGGCUGAACGCCUGGGGCCCCUGCCAACCAGAGACCCCAGCCACCCACUCCCUGGUGGGCUCAGUCCACGCCUUGCCAACAGCACUGGGGAAGAGGAGGACAGGGACCGCCUGCAGCCUGCAGUGUUUGGGACCACGGUGUGAGCCCUGGAGCGCAGAUUACACAAUGGAGACAGAGUUCCACUGCUGUGGGUGUCCUUGGGGGUCACCAGUGUCCCAGAGGGAGCCCCGUGACAGAGCCAUAAUCCUUUGCAAGCAUCAAAACCUGCUAAAAAGUCAGAUUUCAAACAGGCAGCCCAAGGCCCAAAGGCAUAUUUAGCUCCAAUUUUUCUUUCUUUUUUUAAGAUUUUAUUUUUAAGUAAUCUGUAGCUACACCCAAUGUAGGGUUUGAACUUACAACCCUGAGAUAAAGAGUUUUUUUUAAACAAAACUUUACAUCAAUCAACUUGUUGAAAAAAUUGGCAACGUUUCACAAAAAUCUGGAUUUCUGGCUUCAGUCUUGGCCAUGCCUGCUUGGAUCUGAGCUCAGGGUACCCUCUUUAGCCAAAGUGUGAGGCCCACUUGGCUGCCCCAUCUCUCUUAGGGCUGCAUGUCUGGCCCCUGAAGCAUCUGAGUUUGAGAUCCCUCACUUGUGCAGGCGGAUGGCGUCAAGUUUUUCUCCCCCUUUCCCCCCUGCCCCGAUUUUUGUUCCUUCUGAAGCAUCCCUCACCCCAGGAUAAAGCUUUCUUAUUCUUCAUCCCAGACAAGAACUGGGAACCUCAAGGCUUGUGCCGGUUUGCACUGGUUAUAUGAAGAUGAACUUUUAAUCCUAGAUUCUUUCCCCUAAGCCUGCCUGCCUGUCAACCUUUAACCCGGAAGAGGGCGGGGGGUGUGAGACAUGCUGACAUGCUGGCGGCCGGGUUGGGGUGCUGCCCCAGGGAGAGCUCAGGCAUCCCUUUCUGCUGGCUGUUCCCUCUGCUUGGGACGCUCUUCCCCCAGAUGUCACAUGACCCAGUCCUUGUCACUCAGAUCUUUGCGUAUGG